AUGGCUUCCGACGAGAUAAUAUGGAACAUCAUCAACCAGCAGUUCUGCUCCUUCAAGCUCUCGACAACGAAAAACCAGAACUUCUGUCGGAAUGAGUACAACAUAACGGGCUUUUGCAACAGGCAAUCAUGCCCUCUAGCCAACUCGCGUUAUGCCACGGUCCGGUCGCACCCGACCAAGGACACGCUCUACCUCUAUAUCAAGACUAUUGAGAGGGCUCAUAUGCCGAGUAAAUUAUGGGAGCGUAUCAAACUCUCAAACAACUACGCCAAGGCUCUUGAGCAGAUCGACGAGAAGUUGCAGUUCUUUCCAAAGUUUCAGAAGCACAAGGCCAAGCAGCGUCUUACCCGACUCACACAAGUGCAGAUCCGAAUGCGGAGGAUAGCAGCCGAAGAUGAGCGGCUCGGCGAGAAGCUUGUUCCCAAGCUAGCGCCCAAGGUUAGACACCGAGAGGCUGCUCGUGAGCGCAAGGCCGAGAGGGCAGCCAAGCUCGAGCGGACGAUCGAGCGCGAGCUCAUCGAGCGUUUGCGCCAGGGUGCAUAUGGCGACCAGCCACUCAAUGUCAGCGAGGCCAUCUGGGGCAAGGUUCUCAAGGCCAUGGAGCGUGACGGCGAUGGAGUUCGCGACAAGGACAGGGAUAAGGGAAUCGAGGUGGAUGAAGACGGUAAUCCAAUCGAUGAAGAGGAAUAUGAUUCGGAGGAGGAAGAGGAGGAGGAAGAGUUGGAUGGUAACAUCGAGUAUGUCAGCGACAUUGAAGAGAGCGAGGAUGAGCUGGGUGAUAUCGAGGACUGGCUCGGCAGUGACGACGGCUCUGAGGAAGAGGACGACGACGACGAUGAGGUCAGCGACGACGAGGAGACCACCAAGUCGAAGAGCAAAUCCGGAGACAAGCGCAAACGUGGACGGGUUGUGCGCAUGGCCAAGAGAAAGAAGGUCCAGCUCGAGAAGGAGACGGAGGGACAAAGCAAAGAGAAGUUGCUCGCUUUCUAG